AUGAAAAGUGCGCGCGGUCGCGAAAGCUCUCGCCUGCUGUCCCUCCCCGACGAGCUUCUCCAGCCCGUUCUCGCGCGCGUCGACCAUCCGCGCGAUCGCUGCAGCCUCGCCCUCUCCUGCUCUCACCUCCGCCGCCUCUCCCGCCGCACGCCUCACUCGCUCCGCCUCCACUUCUUCAGGAAAAAACAGGGCGUCACUGCCCGGGAAUGGAUGAAGAACCUCGACACUUAUUCGGGGGUGUUUACCCAAAUAACCGACCUCACGGUGGAGGUUAGCUGCACCACCAUUGACCAGCUGCUGGGUGGAAUCGGCGCGGGCUGCCCGAAACUGGAAAGCUCACGCGUCAUCUCUCCCUUCUGUCUCUCUCUCCUACGCCCUUCACCCCUUCCUCACCCCUCGCUUUCCAUGCCUCGCCUAUUCCACGUCCCCUCACCCUCUCCCCCGCCUUACCCUCUCCUGGUGACGUCACUGGAGCUCGACUCGCCACUCGAGCGCCACUCCGACUUCAACGACCCUCCGCCUCCCCCAGUGGACGCCUUCCCUUCACUGCGCUCCCUCACCCUCCUCUACGAGCCCUCGCACUACCGCUUCAUCUCCCGCUGCUCCUCUCUCACCUCGCUCACCCUCUGGGGCCCCAACGCCUUCGCUCUCUACUCCCUCGCCUCCCCCUCCUCCCCUCUCCGCCUCUCCCUCGCCUCCCUCACCAUCCACUCUGCUCGCCUCGAAGCCGCCCUCUCGCCUCUCGCCUCCUUCCCUCGCCUCACCUCUCUCUCCUUCCUCUCCUGCACCAUCGAUCCCUGCGAGCUUCACGCCCUCUCUCGCUCCCUCCACACGCUCACCCACCUCGCCCUCCUCAGCUGUCCCUUGGUCUCCAGCCACUCCCUCGCCGCCCUCGCUCAAACCAACCCAGCUCUCUCCUCCCUCUCCCUCUACUCCACCUCCUACCCUCUGUUCGCUGCCCAAAGCCUUCUUGCCCUUCUCCGCACUUCCUCCUCCCGCCUCCACACCCUUACUCUCUCCGGGUUGCCCUCGUACCGCCCGGGCAUGCUUGCACUCUGCAGCAGCCUGAAGCGACUCACGGUGAAAGGAUUGGGGGAGGCGAGGGAGAGUGUUAUGCCCUCUGAGGCGCCGCAGAAGUCGUCUUUGGAGUGCCUUGUGGCCAUGCUGGUGCGCGUGGAACAGCGGGGAGUCAGUGCGGGAAUGGUGGCAGGGGACGAUCGAGUAGGGAGACGCCAAGGGGAGAUGGUUGUGGGGAACGGUGAGGGAGCAGCAGCAGCAGCAGCAGCAGCAGCAGCAGCAGCAGCAGCAGCAGCAGCAGCAGCAACAGCAGACGAUGGUGAAGCAGCAAUGACAGCCCAUGACGCAGCAGCCCCCCCAGCAGCUACCACGCUGGUAGAAGCAGAGACGGGAAUCAGGGGCCACAGGAGCCCAACGUACCUGGAUUUCCGUAUGGAAGCAGCAGCAGCACGCGCUGACAUGGUGGCCGCAAUCGACGACUGGAGGGCCCUCAUGGACACAUGUGAGUGGAGGCUCCAGAAAGUCAUCUCGCAAGUCAUGCGGGCUCGGCACAUGCGAGGCGAGUUCGCCCUUUCGAGCAUUAGGAAUGCCGUCAUUCAGGUCCGCGCGGCCAUCUCGCUGUGCCUGUGCGUGCGGCUGUCAGUGAACGAGGUGAACGCCCGGAUUGCACGCGAGGAGGCACUGGUGGAGGCCUGCACCGCUGCCCAGGCUGCAGGGCUCUUAACUGCUCCUCUGGAUGAAGAAACGGAAGCGGAGAGGCACCAGGAGAGAGGCGGGCAAAGGGGAGGAAGGAGGGAGGUGGAGGAGCUGGUAGGGUUCAGCCCAGAGAGUGACCUGCCGGCUGAUCUGGCGGAGGUGAGCGAGACGCUGCUGGGGGAGGAGACGGGUGGAUGGCCGGCGUUUGUGGCGGUGUCACGAAGAGAGGCACGUGGGCUGCUGCAGGCGCUCACUCAGCAGCUGGUGGCGCGCAUGGAGGCCGUCGCUCGUGGGGCUCCGCCUGGCGCCCCGCCAACAGUGCCUGGGGCGGCGCCACUGCCUGGGGUUGCGCCACUGCCUGGGGCGGCGCCACUGCCUGGGGCUGCGCCACUGCCUGGGGCUCCGCCAGCAGGGCCUGGGCCGGCAGCAACAGAUGCAGCAACGUUGGAAGGCGCAGGAACGGUGGCAGCAGAAGGGGUAAGAGCAGAAGAGGCAGUAUCACAGGGGCCAACAAGCGCAGAAGGAGAUGCAGGAGGGAGAGUGGGAGAGGGUGCGAGAAGAGCACGAGCGUUACAGCAGCUGCCAGGGGCAGAGGCGGGAGGAGGUCCAGGAGGAGACGAGCAGCUGGGGAGAAGAGACUCAACUCACUCGCCCCCCCACAAGAGCACACCACCCGAAAAGAGCACACCCCCAAAUAUAAACACACUCGUGACACCUGUGGAAGUGUUUUGCCCUCCACUGGAGGCCCUAACCCUUGAGAGCAUUCGCUUCGCCUCCACUUGUGACCCUUCCUGGCUGCCCUCUCCCCUUCCCUCUGCCUCACCCCUCAUGUACCCCUCUCCCCCAGCCACACCCCCCCUCCCUUCAUCGUCCUCCUCCCCCAGUCCUGCCUCAAGCCUGAGCAGCGAGCCACAGUCCUUUGAAUCGCUAACACGAGCUGCUGUGUGUGCAAGGCUCAAGAGUCUGGCUCUCAUGAACUGCUGUGGGUUGGGGGAGAGGCAGCUGGUGAAGCUGCUGCGAGCAUGUUGA